GAUCUAAUAAUGAUUAAUGAAAGUUUUAUACUUAGUUAGAAUAGUUUAGCUAGUUAGAUAUUAACCUCCUGUGGAGUUGUUCUAACUUCUUAAUGACUACUUCCUAUGUGUGUUUUGCCCACUAUUCGUGCCUCUUUUCACAAUUAGCCAGCGAUUAAUUCUAGAACCAGUGAGUUGCACUUGUUAAACAUAGUUGCCACAAUAUUCUCUUGAAUUUGCAAUUACAAUACCGCUAAUUUCAAUCACAGUUAGAUUUCUUCUUUACAAUCAAGUAGAGCACUACUAUACAACAACAUGGCUUUAUUCAACACCAAUGUGGCCCGUGCCAAAAUGGGAGGUGCCAGAGGGGCGUGGCGUUGUCGCCGUGUCCCGGUAUAUUGUCACGUGAUCUUAGUUACCUCUUUGGUUUGGCUCUUCAUCGACGCCAUGGUGCUAUUCUACGUCACCUCCAACUCCUCCUUGUCAUCACCUGCGGCCGGAAGCAACCCGAGUGAAGCCGACUCAGCUGUGAGAAAAGGACAAUCUAACGAGGGUGAUCCACUAGUCAAAAAAGAAAGUGCGGGCAGAAAGAAAGAGGUGAAGCCACAGGGACCAGUGCCAGUGCCGAACCCAAAACACGCGAAAAUCAUUGGUGCAAUAAAUGAUCUUAACGACAGAGAUAAGAACCCGCCUGAUUUACCGGGUGAACAGGGCAAAGCAGUAGAGUUGAACGAGGUAGACAAGGAGCUCUCCAAGAACACUUACAAGGAGAAUCAAUUCAACCUGUUAAUCUGUGAACGAAUCAGUCUCAAUCGAUCCCUUCCCGAUCACAGACCUGAAAAAUGCAAAGCGAUGCCAUACAGACGUGAUCUGCAGUCCACGAGUGUGGUGAUUGUGUUCCACCAAGAGGCAUGGUGCACUCUUAUCCGAUCAGUCUACUCAAUCAUCAACCGAUCCCCCAAACAUCUCAUACAAGAAAUCAUUUUAGUAGACGAUGCCAGCACUAAAGAGCACUUGAAAGAGAACCUUACAAAGUUCGUGGACAAGCAACCCUUACUUAAAUUAGUCCGACUUGAAACCCGCUCUGGUCUCAUAAAAGCUAGACUGGCUGGGGCAGAUGCGGCCUCAGGGGAAGUAAUCGUGUUUUUGGAUAGUCAUAUCGAGACAUCGCAUGGAUGGCUGGAACCCCUUUUGCAUGAGAUACGAGAAGACAGAACACGAGUGGUGGUACCGACUAUUGAUAAUAUUAAUCUGGACACGUUCCAUUACGCGACUGUGGACGGAGCUCCUCAAAUUGGGGGGUUUACCUGGUCUCUCACCUAUUUCUGGUACCAGUUGACUCACUCUGAGAAAAAGAGAGUGGGAGACGAUUACAGUCAGCCUGUUAGGAGCCCAGCUAUGGCAGGAGGCCUCUUCGCAAUAGAUCGCAAUUACUUCUAUGAAAUCGGAAGCUACGACGCCGAGAUGGAAAUAUGGGGAGGAGAAAACAUUGAGAUGUCUUUGAGGAUCUGGCAGUGUGGCGGCUCUAUUUGGAUCCUUCCCUGUUCCAAAGUGGGACAUGUGUUCAGAAAACAGUCACCCUACGGCUGGCCCGGAGGCGUGACCAACAUUCUGGGCAAAAACAAUCGACGUCUAGCCGAAGUGUGGCUGGACGAAUAUAUCAACUUCUGGUUCUUCAUUAGUCCAGGGUCUAGGAACGUAGCUUAUGGAGAUGUGAGCGAUAGAAGAGAGCUGCGUAAGAAUCUGAAGUGCAAGUCGUUCAACUGGUACAUACAGAAUGUGUGGCCUGAGUCUAGCUACAAUCUUGCCGUAUAUUUCCUGGGACAGAUUGAGAACCCAGAAUCUAAAUUGUGCAUUGAUACUAUGGCUAGGAAGCAGGACGAGAAAGUGGGUGCGGUGACUUGCCAUCAUCAGGGAGGCAACCAGGCAUUCGCCCUAACCAAAGACAACGAACUACGAUCGGAUGACCUGUGUGUAGACGCAAGCAAGAAAAAUGAACCGGUUAUUCUCUACAGGUGUCAUAAACAGGGUGGCAACCAGUACUGGUUUUAUGACGAGAAGGGAUCACGACAGCUGCGACACAAAGUUACUAACCAGUGCCUUACGGUGCCGCAGCCGGCAAGCCAAGAGCUCCACUUGCAGGAAUGCGAUUCAAACAACCCGUUCCAAGUGUGGGCAAUGGAGAACGCAAAGGAGCUGACUGAGUUACUACAGAAGUACAAAACGUAGAAAGCUGAAAAAUAAUUAAAAUAAUUUAAAAAUAGAUUGAUAAAAUUUUAUUGAUGAAUUACUGUCAUCGUUAUUGAAGACUUCGAAUCAAAGAUAUGGUUUUCUUAUAAGCCUAUUUCUUGUGACACAAGGUUUUGUGGUGCUUUUAUAAGCAAUGAAAGAGAGAUGCAGUUGAUGCGUUUUUCUGGAAUAUAAAUGGUCGUUAGUCUGUUUGUGUUAGAGAAAUAUUCAGUAUAUUUUAUCUUCAAUAAGCAAUCUAUAAAUGAGCAAUUCACUCUUUAAAUGAGAACUAGGCGCUUUGUUAUAUAAGUAAUACUCGGUAUGUUCCAAGCAGGAUCGAUAUUGUCAUUUGAAAUGAUUACUGAGAUGUUCAGCCCAUAGAAGCUUAUUGCGAAACAGGUGCUGAUACUUAUAACUCUGGGCGGUCGAAUUCUCAAUAAUAUUGAACAUUGACCGGGCGUC